CUUGCGAUGCGCCGCCUUGUCGCGGUUCUGCUGCUCAACAUGGUUCCAGAUGAGCCAUCUGGGUGCCCAUCGAUAGCGGAAUCGCAUCCUAUCGGCACGAUCGGAGCUUGUGACUACAGUCAAGGCAGGAAGUCGUCACUAGGUGCGCGGGAACAUGGAUUCGGACCACGACCAGGCCACGCGCAUGUGGUUGAUAUGGCUUGAUGACAGUCACCAGUUUGGGUUCCAGGGGGUGGGUUCCUUCCGCUUGCAGAUUAGGAUUCGGUGGGGUUCAGUUCGGUUUUGGAUUGUCGUCGAUUGAGGUCGAGCAGUUUUGGGAGCAUCUUGUGGGUCUGAGAAGCAAGGGGAAUUUGGAUGUGUGAGAACGGACAAGAGUAGAAUUCGCAAAGGUUUGAUUUGGGAAUCAGACUGAAUCGGAGUUUGGGUGGAGAGCCAAUGAGGGGCUGCCGUAGUUUCGUGGUGACCGAGUGUAUGGCUGAUGCGAAGUAGUCCGCGCUGAUUGUUUCGUGCCCAGAUGCAAGGUGCGCAGCUGAUCGACCUUGUCAUGUUGAAACUUUGCAGUAGGAGCUGUGUGGGCCUUGAGCUGAGUUCACGCAUUUAAUGUGCUUAUCAGUGGGGUUGGGCGACGUUGGAACAGGUUUGAAAAUGUGAAGAUUCUCUGGUUUGCAUUACAAUAUUGGAAGCCACCGGCUAAAGAAGAACCAGGGUUUGGGUGGUCAAGUCGAGUUUUUCAAGUUUCUUGAGAAGUAUACAAGCUUCUGGGACAGGAUUUAGGGACAUUCAGUAACUGAGACUGAACGCUCCGCAUGAGCUCAUUGAAGUACGAUUGAUCAGGUUUCGGUGGAACGGAAUGAAUGGAGAUCCACUCCACACUCCUUUGACCGAAUAGGUUUCUGUGGAGGUGUUGCGUGAACGGAUCGCAGGUGAUGACUUGCAUCUGCGGUGCAUGGUUGUAGAUACUGUAGUUGCCGCACGCCGAGGUCUAGGGAAAUAAAACUUGGAACGCAGGGGUUGUCCGAAAGUCGGUCGCAAAUCUGCCAGAGUUAAGAAGCUGCUCUCUUUUCCGGGUCUCCAAUUGCACAGGGUUUGCGUUUGGAUAGGAUGUCCUAGGAUUUGGCAUGCAGCGUAGUUGACGCCGUUGCUGGAAGGAAGAGGCCAUGGCGUCAUCGGUCGGAAUUAGUGUUUCUUCCUCACUUGGAGUUUUGAAGGAGGAGGCUCGGACGGUGCGAUGGGCUUCCGAAGAUCACAUCCGUGAGCCUCUCGAUGUUGCAAAGGUAUCUGCCGAUGUAGAUAAAGAUUUUCAGUGUCCGAUUUGUCUGCAGACAAUAGAAGAUGCGUUUUUAACCAGCUGUGGUCACUUUUUUUGUUACUCGUGUAUCACAACGCAUUUGGACAUCAGAAGCAACUGCCCUAGCUGCGCUCGGUAUCUUACCUCAGAGCAGCUCAUCCCUAACUUUCUCUUCUCUAAGCUGAUGAAGAAGACGGCAGCCUCGCAGCUCCUCGACAGCACCUCUUCGGCAGAGCAAUUGCGCCUUGCACUUCAGCAGGGAGCGGAUUUGCCCAUGAAGGACUUAAAUUCCUUGCUGCGGCUUAUAGGUGAAAGGAAACGUAUACAUGAACAAGAGGAAGCCGAGUGCAACAUGGAGAUUCUACUUGAUUUUCUGCACCUAUCCCAUCAUCGAAAACAGGAGGAAAUGCAAGAGAUACAAGGCGAUCUUCAGUUUCUCAAAGAAGACAUAGCCAUGGUGGAGAGUCGGCGGCAAGAGAUAUUAAGUGCAAAGAAAAAGUUCAUUAAACGAUCACACUUACUAACGUACUCACCACCGCCUAGCUUAGAUACCCACUCCGGAUAUGAGAAGUUAAGUGAUGGGGGUGCAUUAUCUACUUGGCGAAGUGGAUUAGAUGGUGCUUCUUCUCCACCUAGUGAAAGUAAAUUUACAGCAGGGAAUAUGACUGGGAGUCUAGCAUGUCCUAUGGUUACGAAGGAUGGGGGUAUGAAAGGAAAAUUACUCGAGAAUCCUUUUACAGAAUCGUUUGAUGGAUCAACGGGUGUUCAGACCUUAAACAAGAAACGCCGGGUGUUGGCACAGUUCGAGGAUUUGCAAGAAGCCUAUUUGGUGCGCAGGAGGCAAGUUGCUCUUAAUCAAAGGUGCAGACAGAUGCAGGAGUCAGGCACGAAUUCGACACUCAAAGGUGUGAAGAGCUAUCAGGAUGGGUUAGAAGAAUUUGAGUCUGUACUGACGGCAUUUUCACGUUACAGUCGUCUCCGUGUAGUUGCUGAGCUUCACCGUGGAGAUUUAUUUCAUAAUUCAAAUAUUGUAUCUAGUAUUGAGUUUGAUCGGGAUGAUGAAUUCUUUGCGACAGCGGGUGUAUCUCGGCGCAUCAAAAUAUUCGACUUUGCAACGGUUAUAAAUGAGUUAACAGAUGUUCAUUGUCCAGUGGUGGAGAUACCCACACGAUCUAAAAUGAGCUGCUUAAGCUGGAACAAGUGCCUGAAACCUCUUAUAGCCAGCAGCGAUUACGAAGGCAUUGUUACAGUAUGGGAUGUAAAUACAAGGCAGAGUGUGAUGGAAUAUGAGGAACAUGAAAAGCGUGCUUGGAGCAUCGAUUUUUCUCGUACAGAUCCAUCAAUGCUGGUUUCUGGAAGUGACGAUGGAAAGAUGAAGGUGUGGUGUACAAGGCAAGAGAGUAGCGCACUCAGCUUGGAUAUGAAGGCCAACAUUUGCUGCGUCAAGUAUAACCCUGGCUCCAGUAACCACAUUGCAGUCGGCUCCGCUGACCACCAAAUUCAUUAUUUCGAUUUACGGAACGUAAGGAAACCACUUAAUGUAUUCAAGGGACAUCGAAAGGCCGUGUCUUAUGUAAAGUUUAUAUCACCAACUGAGUUAGCUUCGGCAUCUACAGACAGUACACUUCGACUUUGGGAUGUUCAGAGGGAUAGUUCGAUACGGACUCUUAGAGGACAUACAAACGAGAAGAACUUCGUGGGGCUGACCGUCAAUAACGAAUAUAUUGCUUGCGGCAGUGAAUCAAAUGAGGUUGUCGUGUAUCAUAAGGCAAUUCCGAGACCAGCUGCAUGCCAUGGAUUUGGAUCCCAGAAUCCUGAAGGUAGCGAUGAUGAUGGUUCACACUUUAUUAGUGCAGUGUGUUGGAAGAGUGAAGGUCCAACAAUGUUAGCUGCUAACUCGCAAGGCACUGUUAAAGUUCUCGUGUUGGCUCCUUGAAUCCCAGAAUUUGUCCUGUGUGACUGGCUAUUCGCUCUCUCAUUUCACUGUCCAAUGCACAAAUUUUGCGGAUUUUAAGUUUUUGAAAAACAUCAUUACCCUUGAAUGGCAUUAGAUAGCUCAAACUUUAAACAUGUGUUAUAAAGGAGUUCAAUAGUACUUAGUUUUUUCCAUACUGUAAUUGUUAUAUUAGAUUUAUAAUUGGAGCUACUGGUUCCAAAGUAUGAAAUAGUAUCAUAAUUCUGAAUCAA